AUGAGUGCUGUUUCCAAGGAGGGGCAACCACAAAGCGACCCUGCCCCUGAGCUGCUUGAUGGCCGUAUCUGGGUUGAUGGCUGCUGGGACUUCUUUCACCAUGGCCAUGCCGGGGCUAUGGUGCAAGCCAGACAGCUUGGAGAUGAGCUCUAUGUCGGUGUGCACUCUGAUGAGGAAAUCUUGGCCAACAAAGGGCCAACGGUCAUGACCUUGGAAGAAAGAUUGGCGGCUGCAAACGCGUGCCGCUGGGUUACCAAGGCAAUUGGCCAUGCGCCAUAUGUCACCGAACUUCCUUACAUCAGUCACUAUGGCUGCAAAUACGUUGUUCACGGAGAUGACAUUACGUCUGAUAGCGACGGAAAUGAUUGCUACCGCUUUGUGAAGCAAGCCGGUCGCUUCAAGGUGGUGAAGCGCUCCCCUGGCAUCUCAACCACAGAUCUCGUUGGCCGUAUGCUGCUCUGCACAAAGACACACUUCAUUUUUUCUCUGCAAAAGAUGCUCAUCGGCGAGGAAGGAUACGGAAGCCCGGAUGAACGCAAAGCCCAAGGAAAAGCCAUGCUAGAGCGCAUGAAACUCUAUGCGACAGAUGAGACCGCAAAGGCCCCUGGGGCAGAUGUGUGGUUCUGGAAUGCUUCAACUCAGGCCAAGGCGGAAGAUACCGAAGAGGAGACGGGCGUGUUUGAAAAUCUUCUUAAAGGACCCGGCCCUCAGCCUGGACAGCGGAUUGUUUACGUCGAUGGUGGAUUCGACUUGUUCUCGAGCGGUCACAUCGAGUUUUUACGCAAGGUGCUCGUUGAGGAAGAGGAAUUGGCGCGAAAAUCGGGAUGGUUUUCUGAAGAAGCUAAGAAGAAGCGAAUCAGUACCAGCGGAAAGGAUUAUGGUCCAGCAUUCGUCGUCGUCGGAGUUCAUGACGACGAGGUGAUUAACCAGUGGAAAGGUGUCAACUACCCGAUCAUGAACAUCUUUGAGCGCGGUCUAUGUGUUCUGCAAUGCAAGUAUAUCCAUGCCGUCCUGUUUGGGGCGCCAUUUACACCAACCAAGUCAUAUCUCGAGUCACUGCCAUGGGGUGUUCCGAAUGCUAUCUAUCACGGGCCAACUGCCUUUAUGCCUCUGACAUACGAUCCUUACACGGCACCGAAAGAAAUGGGCAUCUACCGGGAAAUCGGCCACCAUGCCUUCGCCGAAGUUAAUGCUGGCGAGAUUGUGCAGCGCAUCAUGCAGAGUCGGGAUAGAUACGAAGCGAGACAGCGAGCCAAGGGCGUCAAAGCAGGAGUGGAAGCUGCAGCUAGACAACGAGAGAUAUUGGAGGAGGAGCAACGCAGCCGAGAGGCAGAGCGCAGCGGUGCUGGCAUUGGUACCGGUACCAGUGCGUAA